CAUAAAGUAAAAAAGGGUCUUUCCUUCUGCGUCUACAUAGCAGUGUGACAUUAUGCGUACUUUCUAUAUAGUACAUAAAAAGCUAAGUAAGCAGUAAAAUACCUUUCCUUUUAAGUGUUUGAAGUACCAUCCACUGAAUGACCUUUUCCUUCUCCAUUCACAAAGAAACACGAAAUAACUAUUCUUAUUUCUGAAACCUGUGAUUAUACCAAUAGCUAUAACUCAGGCCCAUGAAGUCCUUUAAUAUAAAGAGCCAUGCUGGAGACUCAUUCCCUUAAAGAAAAGAACCCAGGAUGAUUGACCUGAAAUGACCUCUUCAUUUUUUAGUGAAAGGAGAUCUAAAUAUGGCAAACAUUUCCUUGUGCUACCGUCUCUUGAGGGACUACAUUUUCCCCAUAAGAAUCUCCUAUGAGAAAUAUUUAAAAAGAAAAAAAAAAAAAAGUUUAUUAGUUCUCCAGCAAACUAGCAAAAAGUCUACCAGAGCUAUCUGUUCAGAAAAUCUAUUUUAUUCUGUUUGUUAUUUCCAUUGCUUGGAUCACUUACAACAUUGAUCAUAUUUUCUGUUUCUGGGUCUUUAGGCAUGCAUUUAUCUUGUUGACCUAAGGAAUUAAAGAAUUACAAGAUUGCCACCAUAAAAAUGGUGUUAAAAUAACUAAAACUAGUUAUUAUUUUUAAAGAAACAAAAAUUCCUAUAUAUUUUUUUCUUUCAAUUUUUUUGAGAGGAAACUAAUCCAAGCAUCCAAACUGAUGUCAGAGGAUGAUUAUUAAAAAUUGUUCUUUUCUUUAGCUUUCAUUUUGGAGUGUUGAAAAAGUCUAUGCUCCUUCUCACAUCGCUCAAUACCUAUAGCUAGUGAUAAAGCUCAGGUCAAAGAAUUAUUGAUCUAGCUGGCCAGUAUAUUUCUUUGAGAGCACAGAAUAUAGAUUAAAAAAACACAAUUCAACCUGAAGCCCAACUGAAGAACUACAGAAACCAUGAAGCACUGAGCUUUCUGAAGAACUUCUGCUUUGUGGGAGAUCACGUGGUGCUUCAGUUUGUAGCUUUGAAAUUGUUCUCGAUUCUUUCCAUUGCAGAAAUCGCCACAUAUCUGUGAAUGAUCAGAACAAGGCAUCUUCAGUUAGUGACUGCAGACCAGUAUUCAUGUGCCGAUCUCUGGGUUUCUCAGUCACUAUUCUUGAAAUCCAUUAAUUAAGCAUACUUGGGCUUCUCAGAAAAGGUUCUUGUCAGUACCUCUCACCAUUCUGUUACUUAUGAUAUCUGACUCCGGUUGAAUUAACAGUGAACUUCAGGCUCUACAGUUUGUCAAAAUUCUCUUGUGGAGUGGUAGGAGGUGUCUUUCAUAGGAGCUGGAUUUUAAUAACUAUGAUAUUCAGUAUCUGAAUGCUGAAAAUGAUUGUGGGCCUUAAACUUUCAAAGCUACAUGAAAAAAAAAAAAGCUCUUAUCUUUUGUUUGUUUUUAUUUGACUGAUUCUUACCAUAAGAGGUCUGAACUUCUAUUGUUCUAAAAGCCUAGAGACUUAACUCUUAGGUGAUGAGUCUGUCAGAGUAUUAGAAUAAGAGAGAAGUAGCCAAUUCAGCAUAAAAAGUUGUACUUAGAAACGUAUGGAAGGAAGGAUCUAUAAAAUAUAGUGUUUCAAACUUGGUUAUGUGUAUUAUUUAAAACAAGAUUUUAUGUUUUGUUGCAUAAAAAUAAAAAAUUUGUGGUAUGCAGUAUUGGUGUAAGCAGUACAAUUUUCCAUAGCUUUUCCCAUCUCAGAGGUGAUGAAAUUCUGCUUUUUUCAGCUUUGUCCACUUUGCAUUUUCAAUAAUAAUUACAGGUUUUUACAUAGCAAUGAAACAUUUUGAACCAGGCUUCAAACAUAAUCACAAAAAUCACCAUUAACCAAAAGACCACUUGCAGUGUCAGCUUCACUGGCUUUCUAACAAGGAAUCUAUUUAUCCUUUCUGCCAUACUGUAUGGUAACAUGAUAACUAUUCAUGGCUCACUACUUAUUAAGAUUUCAUUGGACAACAUAUUGUCAUAAACCAUUAUUUUAAAAUCAUUAUUACGAAAAAAAUCAAGUAGCACAUCUGUGAUGUUAGCUAGCUGUUUUGACAAUGAGGAAUUAUGAAGUCAAACCAAAAUUGAACUACAUAAUGUUAAACCAAGACUAACUUCAUACUUCUAUGUGGAAAUUUUAUUUAAAAAUGUAGGGAUUCAUGGCUGACCUAUAGAUGAUCUAUUUAUUGUCAUUUAUAAAUGUCUUUUGUUUAUUAAAUUACAUAAAACAUGCAGCUUUAUUCUUGACAGACUUCACAAGACAGGAGAGGUUUCUUCCCAAACUGUAGGUGUUAUUUAAGAAGAAUCAGAGCGCUAAGUUAUUUCUUAAUAUCAGUUUGAUUAGCUCUCUAACACUUAUGAUUCCAUUCCACACUGGGAUACAACUCCCCAGGACGCAAACCAAAGUGCACUUCUCCAAACUUCACUUAUUUUAUACAUCAUAAAAAGUCAAUUUUAUUUAUGUAAUUACUGUAACUGUACCACAUCAAGAUGUAAUGAGGAAAUACCACGAGCUAUGAAAUGCCAUCCCCUUCUGUAUUUAAUGAAGGAACUUUAAAUAGUAAACUGCAGCAGAUUGUUUUUGUAAGACUGCAGGUAUCUUCCCUUCCUCUGAAGUAGGGAUAACAUCCUGCUGCAGUGCUCUUUUCUAACUGGUUCUGAAUCUUUUGCAGAAUAAUUUAAAAUCAUAUAGUGGGAAUAUCUCAAUACCCCAAUACUUCUGCCUCUAAAAUGAAGCUAUCAUUAAUAAAUUUGAUUUAUUGUUAUCUUAGGAAGACUAGGUGGCAUUUCACCAGUGUGUCAGUAAUGCCCCUGGUCUCUGGUCUUUGUUACUAAUUAUCCUUAAGUAUAUACCUUUUUCUAGACUUCCCAUUUAGUUUUGCUGGGAUGUUUAAAAACAAAAAGGUUUUGGUAUAUAUAUAUUUGUUGUUUUAAUUGUAGAGCUAUAAAGACCUAAGUCAAGAAAAGCCUCCCUUAAGUAAUACACAGGAGCUGGUUUAUAAAGUAACUAAAGUUCAACCACUAAGUAAUAGUGACCACAGUAUAAUUAACUUCAACAUCCUCAGGGGAGAGAUUGUACAAAAAAAAAAAAAAAAGAGGAAGCUAGUUAAAAAGACCCUAAAGUCAAAAGUUAGGAAAUUAAAAUCCUUAGACUCAGCAUGGAGGCUACUUGAGCAACCAUAACAGAGUAAUAGAAAGCAUGCAUAAUCCUAAACAAAAAAGGAAGCUGAUAAGCAAAAAUGAAUGAGGUAGAUACAGGAAGGUUCAAGAAGUUAGUAUAGUCAAACUUAUAUUUUUUCUCAACGUUGAAAUUUAACUUUUGAAGUCAAUAGGGAUAAAAUAGUGUGGCUAAGAUACACAGUGAAGAUUAGAAGGAUGACAGAGGAUUUGAGGAGCAGAUAGCCUGACAUGAAAACAAGAUUUUUUCAAGUACUAAGAAGCAGAAAGCCUGCAAGAGAUUUUGUAAGUCCAGUGGACUAUAUGGUAGAAAAGUGAGAAAGCUAAUGAGAAUACAGAGAGUGAAGUAAAUUGUUUGCAUCAGUAUUUUACAUAAAAUUUAAGCAAAAUAGAUCUACCAGAGUUCCUCCUGUUAGGCAAUGUGGAGGAGGAUUUGUCAACCACAAAAAAUAAAAGAAGAUGUGCUGGAACACAUUCACAGAUUAAAUUAAAAAACCACCUCCUAAGACUAGAGAAUAAGUGCCGAGGGAUCUCAAAAACUUACCAACAGGAAUAUGCAACCUGUUUAAAAUCAGCAUGUCUACUAAAGGACUGGAGAGCAAUUACCCUCUAUAGAAGAUGAAGAGUGGUUCUGGGAAUGUCAACAUGGAGAUCUGUGUAUGUCAGUAAUAAGAAACAGUAACAGCUGCACAUCACUUAGAUUACGAUGAUAUGGUCAGAGUUUGAAUUUGAAUGUUUUAAAAUUUACUGUUUCCAACUAAAAAACUGUCAGCAAGUAGGAGAAUAAAAGGUAAAUUUUCAACAGACCAAAAAUUCGUGGGGGGGAAAGAGGGAUGGCUUCAAAUAUACCUCAAUCAUUCAUUGACAUUAAAAUAUCUGUUAAUUAUAAAAAAGUGGGAAUAAACACCGAUGUUACACAAAUGCAAUGUGUGUUCAAGAGCAUAUCUCCCUCAAAUUUGCAUUAUCCAUGCAAAAUGUGUUAAAUUUUAAAAUAGCCACAAACAUUACAUUAACUAUGAUGAGUUUUUAAAUGUACAGUUCCAUCUCUAAUGUUGGACUCAAUUCUCACCUUCUCAGUCUAAAAAGAUGCAGUGGAUAUAAAUAUUCCCACAGAUAUUCCAGAGACGCAAUAUUAAUCAAGCUAUUAAACACAUAAUUCCAGUUGAAAGAUAAUGUAAAAUGUUUAUAUUAAUUGAGAAAGUUUACCCAAGUAAAUAUGUAAGCUAUUACAGAAGCAGAUACUACAGAUAAGCUGCUUCUCAUCCUAUGCAAAAGCAAUGAGAUGCCCAAUCCAAUGGGAAGCAGGUAAUCAAGAAUUGUUUUCAGUUCUCUGUUAGCACUGCUUGUAAAUGGCCCAUGAAUUCUGUGACUCAGAUAUCAUAAAAUCCAAACAUUUAUAAAUAUCUUAAAAGUAACUAGAAAUUUAUUAUCAGAAUAUAUCUGAUUGUAUUACUUGAUGUGAACAAUUUAAGAGAUGCAUACACUAGCAGUGUACAGUAUGAAUCUCACCUAACUUCAGGUGUGCAAUAUUAAAGAACCAGAACAGUCUAGGCUAGUUGUCUAGACUUUCUGUUAUUAGCAGAAAGAAACAGAUGGCCUGGGACCUUACCCUAAAAUGAAUGCAAGUGCUUUUUUUUCUCUGUUGGAUAGAGUGCUGAGAUCACUUAAUUUUAGGACACGAAGUACGAAGAGAAAUGAGCCAUGUCCUGACUACCUGGAAUUAAGGAGCUUUUCUCCUGGAAAACAUUCUGGGGAUUCAGAUAAUCAUUUAUGGGGACAGGCCAUUGUAUUAGACAGACUAUUUGUUUAAGAUUCCAUUUUAGACAGUCAAAUGUAGUCUGUCUGCAUUGCAAUGUUUGAGGGAAUCAGCAAAGUAACCAGGAAAAUUAUGGGAUUUUAAAAGUAGAUCUGUAAGAGACUGAUGUCUUUGCAUGGACUCAAAUGAUUUACGUGAUAAACAAAAGCUGUUGGAAAGAAACCCCAAGGAUGGUAGGAGAUGACUAGUGAUGACAGACUUUCCCCAACAAUUGUGUUCCAUAUAAUAUAUUUUGUGAUCAGUCUAUAAACUCCUAAAUCACUUUUGGAUCCUUGGGCUUUAUCAGAGAGGGAAACUUACUGUUUUGCAGUGUUGAAACUUCUUAAUGUUGUAAAUUUUAUGUUUUUUGUGCAAGGUGACAUAAUAAAAUUGCCAAAUUAGGACUGCCAGUGUCUUGUGUUUAAAAGUGGAAAAAUAGAAAAGCCAAUAGUAAAUCCAGUGCUUUACUGAAAUAAAUCAUGCCAAAGUGAAAAACAUCUGGUCAUAAGGAAAAGCACAUUGCUCAAGUUGGCAUAAUAUUUUUUUCAUAUCUAUGAGGGAUCCUGGAAUUCAAAAUAGUUCUGUUCCUUUGCCAACAUUAUGAUCUCUUACACUGUUGUACUGCAAAGUUACAGCCUGAUACAGUUUGAGAUCUUUCUAAUUCUAAAGAAUCUCUCCUACUCAGUUACUUUCAGUCUGAGCUUAAAUAAUGUUUAAUGUGUUGCUGUAAUAAAUCACUGGUUAGCCAUCAAAUUGUUGUGCAUGAAAACAAGGAAGUAUACCCACCUGGUUUUUGGGUUUCUUUGUUUUGUUUUGAUUUGAUUUGGUUUGUUUGAUUUUAAUAGGUCUAUAAUGAUUAAUUUGUUUUAUGUACUUACACAAACUGUCCUACUUAGAAACUAUCACCGAAGUAGUACCUAAGAGUCUUAACUAUAUAUGGUAUAGACUUGUAUGGUAAAGAUGAGAAUUACUCCAGUUAUUCCAAUUUCACCCUCUUUUGUGUUUUAUCAUUCAGAAUUACUGUCUGAAUUCUCAUUUUUGUCUUCUUGUCCUUGAUUUGCAUGACCCCAUUCUUGGUUCUUCUAUGGCAUCUCUUCAUCAUUUCUUCUCCUUCACAUCCCCAGCUUCCUGAAGGUAUUUAGCAGACCUAUCUUUUUACUGCCUUCUCUCCCAUCCUACUAAAUCUUAUUUUGGUGUGAUGUCAUCACUGUAUUACCUACUGUCAGAUCUACUUAUUUAUUCCUAACCUGCCUCUUCUUAUCCAAACUAAAAUCUCACCUUGUCUUCUUGGAAGCUCUUCAUAAGUACCUAACCACCCUCCUUGCAUGGGGCUAAAGAGAAUGUGAAUCUUUCCUUUUCAGCAAGUUGUCCACUAUUUGUAAUCACUGUGCACAUUCAGGUUCAUAACCAUGUAUGAUCAAUGCUUUUGUUUUGAAAAUAUGUUCUGCUUGAGCAAUGUCCAAAACUCCUUGAGUAUGAGAAGAAACAAAAAAGAAAAGGAAAAAGGAACAUGGAGAUAAAAUAUGAAAGAAGCAUAAAGAUAUAUAUCAAGAAACAUCAAUACUGAAGUAUUCUAGCUUCAGAGAAGAUAAAGCAUUAGUAAAGAAAAAGCAACCUUCUUCUACACUGACCCCCUGGUGUGCUUUAACUGUGACCUCAAGAAGCCAUAUCUAGAUAGGAGAGGGAGUUCAGUUUCCAAGGCCCAUUCAAUUGUAAGCUCCUCUGCAAAGUCUCCCAACAUGGGGUCCAAUUAGUGCCUCUUGUAUUGGUGAAUUUUUUUUUAGUGAUCUGCUGAAAGCAAUUGGAAUAAGAUUCGCAGAGUAACUUUAGACAGGCUACUAUAUGGCUACAGAGCUCUCUAUCAUUUUCAUUCAAGGUAGAUUUUUACUGAAGUCAGUAGGAGUUUUUGACUAAGCAAUGUGGGAUCAGGUCCAUCCUUUUGCUAAUUUUUUAUCCUUGCCUGAUUCCUAUUUCUGCCAUCCAUGUUGCAGACUGUAUUAGUUUUUCUGUAAAUUAGAAGUAGUAAUAUUAACUACUUCUGUUAAGUGCUUAUGGUUUUAUCAGUGAAAAAAAGGCAAUAUAUAAUUUCUUGAAUUACCUACCUUCACUGAGUUAGUAGAGUCUGUGUAAAUCAUUCUAAAUUAGGGUCUUGAGAAACGUUGAGUCCCAAGUUAAGCUUCAUAAAUGCUGGAAAGAUACAGAAAAGAAACUAACUAUAAAGUCCAUCAGCUAGAAGUUUUCCAAACAACAACAAAAUGAUGUUAAUUAUUCAAAGAAAUCAAAUCACAUUAACCCUGAGUUCAAGUUGUGAAACCAUGAUCAUUUUCCAUUGGUACGACCCAAAAAUCUAUACAUAUGGAAAGAGAAGGAAAGAAGAAAACUGAGCUGAAGUUAUCCUCCUGCUCAGAGGGCACUGGGUUACCUUGACUGGAACAGGUUGCCCAAGGAGACUGUGAAUGCCCCAUCCCUAGAUGCAUCCAAGGCCAGGCUGGAUGUGGCUCUGGGCAGCCUGGUCUGGUGGUUGGUGAACCUGCCCGUGACAAGAGGGUUGAAGCUAGAUGAUCUUUGAGGUCCUUUUCAACCCAGGCCAUUCUAUGAUAUGAUAUGAUUCUAUGAUUCUAUGACUGUUUCUUAUCCACGAUAAUAAAAACUAAACUAAAAAACGUGUAAUUUUAUAAUAUGCUUGAGCUAGAGCAUAUUAAUUAUUAGACUAUUACUACGUAAUUGGGUCUGACUGCUGUUUAAAAUACAGUAGAAAGGAUUAGCAUUGUAAAAUGUUGACUGGAUAUGUUACGAUUCUAAAACAAGGCAGACAGCCUUUGUGCUGGUCAGUAUUUUAAGCUGAAUUAUACUGUUUGACUGAUACAACACAGGGAGGAAUGUUUAAAAGAAGCCAACAACACUCACACAGGAAAAGAAAAACACCACUGUCUGCAGUUCAGAAACUAAUAAUGCUGUCCUAUAAAAUAAUCAUCUAGUUCAGUCUAAGUAAACACAACCAAGAAUCACAUCCACUGCUUGUAUUUUACACUUAGCUACUCUCUCAUAUCAGAUGAAGAGGUACCACAAAGUCUAUUUUAAGAAGAAUUGCUUCUUUCUAUGUAAAUUCCUGCUCACCAGUGAUUACUGACAAACAGUCCACUGGGGAGGCUGAAAUAAUUAAAUAAACCAUUUAGAAGCCGAUGUAGAAACAGUGAUUGCUCUAGCUCAGCUCACCAGGCUCUUAAGAUACAGAGCUCCUUGCCAGCUUAACAACAGAUUUGGAAAUACCUGGAGUUUCCCACACCUGUAAUAAGCUAGUAAGGUCAGAAGUGGUAAAUGGUGGAAAGACAUUUAGUAAAGAACAGCUUCUGUUACUAAUCCAAGCGUUGUCCCUGCGCUGCAGGUAUAGCAAGAGGACUAUAAUCAGUAUGUUGUGCUAGCGUAAUGUGUACCUAUUUAAUGCAACGAUACCAACUUCAGUGACUUGCUUUGAAACUAAUACUUCCAGUAACUUUUUGAACUGAGUCCUUCUUAUCUCUGAAUUUCUGUUGUUUUUGUUUGCUUGUUUGCUUAUUUGUUUGUUUUUCUAAUCUCUGACCUGCUGGUUGCUAAAUAAAAUAGCCCUUCACUGUUGCUGACACAGUGGUUGCAGGGCUUACUAAAUACCUAUGGUAUUUGCAUUUUCACUUAAUCGAACUGCAAUACAUAGAUAGAUUCAGUCCAGAAAAUGGUAUACAAUUUCCUCUUUCUCUCUUCCUUUCACCUAAUAGCAGAGAGGCACCAGAGGGUUACACGGGGAUGUGUGUUACAGGCUGCCUGCAGGACCCUAGCGGACUAGGCUGUAUUUAAUGAGCGCGUCUUCACUGACAGAUUCAUUAUUUGUGUUCGGUCGCUUCAAGUCAAAACUGAUUAGUUACACUUACUGCAGCAAAGAUUUAAUGAUUUUAUUGUUUAUCUUCAAUUUAUUUUGAUUAACAUCUCCGUUCUUUUCAUUGCAAGUGCAAUUAGGUGUAAUAUAACAGCUACUACUUUAAUUUUGCUGAAAUUAAGAUGAAUAAGUGACGGAUUAUGGCACUUUGUUUAGCAAAUAAAUCAUAGUUAAGAGGACUGUAUUAGUAAUAAAUGCAAAAACAGACAAUCUAAUUAAAAUGCGUGGAGCUUAUAGUUUGAGUUUCCAGAAAUGUAAUGAAUUUUCAUUGUAGAAAUCAACUAGAUUUUGGUGUACUAUUUAAUUAUUGACAGCAAGAUGUGAGAAAGGUGCGUUAUUCUGUAAAUCAUCUUAAUUUCUCGUAUUAUGUUGGUAGAAGGUUGGUACAGGCAAUGAAAUGGAGGCAUACAUUUAAAUUUUUCUGAGUGCUCAGAUUAUGUUUUCAGGAAAUACUGCAAUUAGGGUAUAGCUAAAAAGAGACUAAGAGUCUAAAAUGAGGAAAAAACUCAUUAGUUCAAUUCUCACACGUUCAGACUUCAGCAUUUUUUGCAGCAGAUUAAUAUUCUCCAAGUCCCAGUCACGAUUUUCCUUUAAGUUCAUAAGAUUCAAUUCACUGCCACACAGCAAAAGCCUCAAGACAUGUAAGAUGGAAGAAGGAACUAACAUGAAGAAAACUGAACCCAACAAACAGUGAGCAAAUCAAGAUUGCUCUACACAAGCAUCCCCAAAUCAUGGGGCAAGUAGCAGGGCAGCAAUCCUGGAGCCAGCUUACUGUGGGGGUCAUAUGGGCUUAACUUCUGAUUGAGGAGAACCAAGAGGAAAACGAACCCUUCAGAAUCAGAAACUUUAUCCCUCUGAUGUUUAAAAGACCUUGUAUUUGACAGGACAGCUUUGAAGAUAAAGACCGAAGCACUCUCCAGCUACAGGCUGUUCAGCACCCCACACUGCUAUGUACUAUGUGCACUUCACUUCAGUUUCUCAGAGUUCAGUCAUAUUAGAAAGGAGAUAGUGGAGACAUUUUUUAGUAUAUUGUACUAUGUUUUUGAGGCUUCUGUAUCUUGCCCAAGCUCUCUUUACAGAGCCUGGAAGAGCUCAGCUCCAUUCUACACAUCCCCAUCAUCAUUCCUUCCCACUGUACUCUGUUAGACUGGCCUGUUGCUCUUGGCUGGCCAACGUGCAAAUUGGUUAACAAAAAUAUGCUGACACCCUUGACAUUUGAGAUAUCUCUAAACUAAGAGGCUACCGCUAAAGACAAGAGAGGGAGGACAAGGUCCUUUUUUUUUUUUUUUCCUCCAUAUAGGAGAAUUCUAUCCCAGGGAUUACAGUUAGUGAGGACUAGGAGCAAUAUAUGCUCUUUAAGACCCUAUUUUGAAAUUUUUCCCCUUCCCAUUAGGGGCUGGGAGGAUGGGGAGAGAAAAAGAAAAGGAGAAUGCUAUCCGUAAGAUCACAAAGCCUGCAAGAGAAUACUUUGUUCUUCCUAAACUUUUAAAGUGAUCUUCUUAUAUUAUUGAUUCUUUUUUUUUUUUAACACUUUAAAGAUUACACAAUGUCCAGAUGAAAGCCAUUAUUGAAAGAAGUAUUUAUUAUGAUUCAGUAGUAAUUUUUUAUUUGUUGCUCUACCUUAUUUUGGACUUCAUCACUAUAUAGUCCUCAAAAGACAGAAUUUCAGUGGCAAUACAAAUGUUUUUCAGCUAACAAUAUGCUUCAUGGAUUUAAAAGAGACUUAAAUAUCAUUUUUUAGCAAAUGCCUGGGUGGGGGGGAAAGCCAAAUGAAAAAUAAUUCCUGUCCUAUGGGUGUAGUGGGGGAAAAAAAAAAGAGAGAAACAUUACUGAAUUCAUUUUUACUAGCAUGAAGUAAAUAAAGGGAAGAAGGAGGUGCACUGAGGAGAUACUGAAGACUCCUUCCUUUUUUCCUGACUAUAUUGAUCAGAUUUGCUAAUUCCAUUAAAACAGGUAUCUACUCCUACGCGUAUAAAAUCAAACAAAUAAAUCUAGUGGCUUUUAGCAAGGCAAUAUAUGAACUUAUUUAUAAGCGUUUCUGUGUGUUACAAUCCCUCUUCUAAUAUUACUUUUUAAUAUUUGAUAAAUAAAUAGAUGUUUGAGAAAGACUGAGCAAGAGAGAGAAAGAGAGGAAACAAUGCUAAUGACCAAACCAACCUGUAAAAAGCAGCCUGUUCUGACUGGAGCCCCAGCCAUCAGCUGAGUGUCAUGUAGAGAGGCAGGAAGAGCCGGGGGAGGCUGUGGAGGGGUUGGCAAACUGGAGACUGGCAGCAUCAUUGGUUUGAACAGGCCGUGAUUGAUUUGUCACCGGAGGCCCAUUUGACUGGGCAAAAAGCCCUUCUGAUCUCAAUCUCUCUCUGUCUCCUUAUCUCUACUAUCCCUUUCUCCUUCUCUACAUUUUGACACUGGCACAGCAGUUGGGCAAGGGGACUCAAGUUGUGGCCGACAGAGAGCAAAAGGGUUGAAGGUCACUGCUGCCGAAAACAUAUAACGACAGACAAGAGAGAUCCAGCUCAUCAUACUUCUCAUUUUCUAUCUUGCCUUUACAUCUCCAGAGGUUUACAAAGCCCCAAAUACACAUACAGACAAAUACACAAACACACCAUUCCCCACGCAGAAACACAUAACCAAAGCCUCUGUCCUUCCCUUUUCCUCUCUCUCCCCCUCUCUCUCACACAUACUCACGCACACACACACGCACACAUUCUCUCCCCACCCCUUCCACCUUCUUGUUAUCUGUGGCUGGGAGAAACAUCUAGAUCUACAAAUAUUAAUUACAAAGGACAACAAAAGCCUGCCCAGCCUCCUGCCAGCUGGGCCAGAGCGUAAAGCCUGGGACUGCACCUGGGGCAAUGAGCCCUGCGCUGAAGAAGCCUCCCGGAGGGAUGCGCUGGGGCCGUGCAACAGCCUAGCUCGGCGUCCCGGAGCGCGCAGCGCCGCUCGGCCCUUCUCCCUCGUCCCCUCCGCCCGCCUGCUUUGCACCCCGUCCCCUUGAAACCUCGGAUCAGAGCCUGCGUCCCGCUCCGGAGAUCUCUGCCGACUGGAGAGCCCGGAGCCCGAGGAGAGACGGGGCGGCCGUGCUAGAUGCAUGGGGGAGGGCUCCGCUUAAUGCAAGUUCUGGGCUCCUGCAGGGACCCCGACAACUGUCAGCAGCAGCAACAACUCGGGGCCUCCUCCUCGUCUUCCUCAGCGAUGCUUUUCCACAGCCUGUCCGGCUCGGAGAUGCACGGUGUCAUCGACGAGAUGGAUCGGAGAACCAAAACCGAAGCAGCGGCCAUCAGCUCGGCUAUAGACAGGGGAGAGACCGAAACGCAGACCAUGCCUUCCAUCAGCAGUGACCGGGCUGCCUUGUGCGCCGGCUGCGGGGGAAAAAUCUCCGACCGUUAUUACCUCCUGGCUGUGGACAAACAGUGGCACAUGCGCUGCCUGAAGUGCUGUGAAUGUAAACUCAACCUGGAGUCCGAGCUCACCUGCUUCAGCAAGGACGGCAGCAUUUACUGCAAGGAGGAUUACUACAGGAGAUUUUCGGUGCAGAGAUGUGCGAGAUGUCACCUGGGGAUUUCUGCCUCUGAAAUGGUCAUGAGGGCCAGGGAUUUGGUAUAUCACUUAAAUUGCUUCACUUGCACCACUUGCAACAAGAUGCUGACCACCGGCGACCACUUCGGCAUGAAGGACAAUCUGGUGUAUUGCCGCCUCCAUUUCGAGACUCUCAUCCAAGGGGAGUACCAGGUGCAUUUCAAUCACUCGGAUGUAGCUGCUGGGAAGGGCCCAGCGUUGGGUGCGGGCUCUGCUAAUACUUUGGGACUGCCUUAUUAUAACGGCGUGGGGACUGUCCAGAAGGGGAGACCCAGGAAAAGGAAGAGCCCAGGGCCUGGGGCAGAUCUGGCAGCCUACAACGCAGCUUUAAGCUGCAAUGAAAACGAUGGUGACCACCUGGAUAGAGACCAGCAAUACCCCAGCAAUCAAAAAACAAAGCGUAUGAGGACAUCAUUCAAACACCACCAGUUGCGGACAAUGAAGUCAUACUUUGCUAUUAACCACAAUCCUGAUGCCAAGGACUUGAAACAGCUAGCUCAGAAAACUGGCCUGACCAAAAGAGUUCUUCAGGUUUGGUUUCAAAAUGCUCGAGCCAAAUUCAGACGGAACCUCUUACGUCAAGAAAACACAGGGGUGGAUAAGACUUCAGAUUCAACACUCCAAGCAGGGACCCCAUCAGGUCCUGCAUCAGAAAUAUCCAAUGCCUCCAUGAGUCCAUCCAGCACUCCCACUACUUUAACGGACUUGACUAAUCCUACUAUGCCUACUGUGACAUCUGUCUUGACGUCAGUGCCCGGAAGUCUUGAGGUCCAUGAAUCCCGAAGUCCUUCACAGACAACUCUCACAAAUCUUUUCUGAUGACUCUUUCUUAAUAAUUUCUUUAAAAAAGAAAUUAUUCUUAGUUGAAAUUCCAAGUGUAUUUUAAUAGAGGCUUUGAGCAACUGACUAACCACCAUUAGGAUCUCUCCUAAGAAAACAGAAGGAAAUGUAGUGUUCUGGUAUUACAGAGUAUGGACUGAAGAAUAACUUGGAAGAUCUAUUGCAACACAACAUUUGUGUAACUGUACAGUUUUGUGGACUGAGCAAGGGAAACAGCAAUUAAUUUAAGUUGGCUAAAGCUUCUGUAUUUUCAAAGACUGCCAUGUGCCUUAUACACUGUUUUAUCUACAUACUUUGAAUUCCAUGUCCACUUCUCUCUUUUUCUCUCUGUAUAUUUAUGACCAGGGCAAAAAUGCUAAGAGUUUGUUACUUUGAAUAGUCCUAAGCCUUUCAUUGGUUGCUUUGUUGUUUUAGAAGUUUAAAGUCAAAGUCUGUUUGAAUACCAGAAUUUGUAAAAUCUAACCAAUAAUAAAACCACUUAUGAAAACUACUUCGUAAUGGCUACAGUUACGUCUAACGUGAGUUUCACAAUCAAGAUAGGCUGAUUGUAUUUAAAAGGAUUAGAAAAUUGCACUUCAAACAUGAUAUCUGCCUAGAAUAACUCUAAUGUGAUGUAUACAUUCCUCCUGUUCCUAAAGUAUAUAUGGGUGAGAAGUCUGCCUUGUGCAACAGUCUAGCUAUUUUCAGUGUAGAGAAAUAAAUAACUGUUAGUUGCAGAUAGAAAUCGUCAGAUAAUAUUAAAAUUCAAACAGACAAAAUAUACUUAAUUUUGUUGUGUGAGAAAAGCUUGACGUCAGCUGGCAUUUAUGAAAGCAGUCUUGCUUCAGCACAAGAGAUGGCUUGUCCCCUUGCACAGCGGAGGCAGGCGAGGUACCUGAUGGCCGUGCGGCCAUGAGUGCUCUGCUGCAGAGGUGGCAUUAGAUGAUAUUUUCCCUAAGAAAAAGACAGAAGUAUUUCAGGUAAUUUUACAAAAUUGGUGGGCAAAAAUGAGCAAAACUAUGUUUUACAAUUUUUUUUUUUAAUGCUUUGAAGGAAUAAAAAGCCAAGGAAGAAUAUUACAUUAUCAAUACCAAUAGAAGUGAUUAUUCCUUUAACUAUUAUGGACCUCUCAAUAUGGCUGAAUUCAUUUGCCAGAAGAAAAAAAAAAGCAGAAUAUAAAGAUGCUCCUCUGUAAUUAAAGAAAUACCUCAUGAAAGUUUAAAUAUGUGUAAGAAUGAGUAUAUACUCUACUGUUUGCCCAGUAGUUCUAUAGACUUUGAGUUGCACAUGCCAUGUGUGUGGUUAUUCCUUUUCAAACCCGCUGCAGCCCGGCUGUUUCAGUCAGUGUUACGUGGCUCUCUAAGGCUAACCCGUCAUUCCCAUUGGAACAAAGCUGCUAAAAGAUUAUUUCAAAUAAACAGCAAGAUAGGUGCCAGGGUUUGUGUUCUUUGCCCUUUUCAGAGCACUGAAGAUGAUUUAUUGGGCCAGACCUUUUGGUAACAAUAUUUUGGUUUUAAACGCUCUGUAUUUAUUCAGCUUUCUCAGCUGAAAAUUUGCCAUUCUUGUGCAAGCCACAUUCCUUUCAAGCUUGAUAAGAGAUCUCAGAGAAGGAGGACUGUGGGAUAGAAGCGCUGACAUAAUCAGGUCAUUUAUUAACCUUUUUUCACGCUUUUGCUUAAAAAUAUUCAGGUGAGUUAUCUGAAAGGCAAGAUAGUCCUAAAAAUCACAACUAGCUUAGAUCUGUGAAGGGGAUUACGUUCCGCUCCCUAAAACUAAUGGACUAGCAUAGCUCUUUAUGUUCAUGCACAGUGAUGGAACACUUUAAAAGCUAAUUCAGGUUUAAUUAUUCACCUUUACAGGUUUGUCCGAGGCAUUUUUUUUCUCGUAAUAGAAAUGUCUAAUAAGUAAAUUGUACUGGUUAUGAACUGUAAAAGAGAACAUAUCUGCCUUUUGAAGAUAUUCAGGCACAGAGAUUCUGCUGUGUGUAAUGUUUUGCUCAUUGUCAAUUACCUUGGAGAUUCUUAUUUUUAUUUUUGACAUGCUUAGCUGUUUCUUUUCUUGAUUUAAAAGGCAAUGUUGGUCCAAUGUUAAAUGGAUACAGCCCUUAAUUAGAAACACUGUGUGUUAACCUGUAAGAAGUUUUAAAAAACAGAAUCCUGAAUUUGUAAGUGCUGUGGCUCAUAUAGCAGACAACAGUUCCAAUGGUUCUUAUUUGUGACCUUGUGUUUUAACUACCUGAAUCCGCAGGCUGGAAAUACCUUUCAAAAUAAUUCUCAAUAUUGCCUUUUCAAACGACUGAAAUUUAUGAAGGGGAAUCCUCUAGUGUUAAUAUUACCUGAAACCUAUAGGAGACAAUUAGAUAAAUUGUCCAGUUUAAUCAAAUCAGGGAUUUUGCAUAUAAAUAAGAGACAAUAUUCUACGUAGGGUCUUUAUGUAGGUGCAUUAGGAUUCACUCACUGGCUCCAAUGACCUAUGUUGUCCCCAUGAUUGUUUCAAUCCUGUGGUAUUGUUUGGUUGUUUAGAGCUUGUUGGUUUUGAAUGCUGUACAUUUUUUUACUACUGCAAUCCUAAUGUUUCUUCACAUACUUGUACAGUUCCACAUUUGAUGUAAUAGUCUGAAAUUCUGUUAAAAACAUGAACAAAAAAUGGAAAUGAUAUUUCUUUGGAAGUGUAUUUUUACUGUAUAUCUAAUUUGAUCUAGUUGAACAUAAUUCUUUACAUUUUGCAUGAUAGGUGUGUAGUUCAUUUUUUAAAUAUGAAAGAGACUAAAGAGUAACUUAGAAUGAGAAUAUAAUGAAACCUAUAUAUGGAAAAUACAUACAAUGAUUUGCUACCUUUUGACUCAAGAAACUUUUUGAAAUACAUUUUAUCUAGUUUAUUUAAGAUAAUGCAGAUAUUUUGUCUUUGAGUUCAUACACAAUAAAGAGUAAAAAAGGAGAACACACGUUAGAAAAAAUGUCAAGUCACCUUGGUACCCGGCAGCAUACUGGAUUGUUCUUGUCAAGCAAAGAAAGAAUAUUUGAUCUUAAGAAUGCUGAAUAGACAUACUUUGAUAUACAGUACAGAGGGACGAUAUCACUGUAAGUGAUAUGUAAUCAUUGAAUGAGAGAAUGGUUUGGGUUGGAAAGGACCUUAAAGCUCAUUUAGUUCCAACCCUCUGUCACAGGCAGGGACGCUUCCCUUCAGGUCGCGCUGCCCAGGGCCCCAUCCAGCCUGCCCUCAAACACCAGCAGGGCUGAGCACCCACAGCUUCCUUGGGCAGCGAUGCAGUUCAGAGUUACAUUUCACAAAACUUGUUUCUUCGCUCAUAUUGUCCAAAUCUGGAGAGAAUGCUAAGGAUCAUUAUACGAACGAUGCUGAAUACUUGCUCCAGAAGCAAAAGUGAAUUGAUAGAAGGUACUAUAGACUGCAAAUGUGCCUCUAGAGUAUUUUGUUUUCCAAACUAUAAUUUCUUACUGUUAGGAACGCAUUUAGAGCACUUUCUUAUAAUUCUGCUAUUUUUUUCCCCAUUACAAUGUAAAGAUUAAAACGUAGUCAGCUGUAGUAGCCACCUCAUUUGAUCAGAAGAAAAAGAGCAACAACGAAAUAAAAAGGAAAAAACAGGCUUCAGAAUUAGGCACGAUGGCAGCAAAGGCAUCGGGUGAUGAAGUGAAGUUCCAAGUGUACGUGCUUAUGGGCUUCAUAGUGACUUCAUAACGCUUGGAAGGAGAGAUGUUUAUUGAAUGCAGUGAAUUACAAUGUAUCCCUUCUCAAUAAGGAGGUUUUAGCCAUUUACAUCAUUCCUGGUAGUCAUUAUUUUAUCCACAAUGAAUAUGGAAAAUGUUGUUUUUUUUUUUUUUUUUUUUUUUUUUUUUGGAAGUGUAUUUAACACUUUGGGAGAGCUAAUAUCCAUAGUAAAACGACUGGCAAAAUGAUGGUCUGUGCAUUUUCCAGGCCACUUUGACCUGCAUUUGAAAAAGCUACAGAGUGAAAUACAUGUGUGAGGUGCCCAGUUUGCAUCAGCUGCCAGGGUUUGGUUGUGUGUGAAAUGCUCAUGCAUCUACAACUUGGUGCAUACAGUUUAUGCAGUUGCCAGCUGUAUACAUUUCUGCUUUCCUAGUUUUCAAUAUUACAUCUUCCUUUCCAGACCUACCAGCCCUUUUUGUUUUGUUCUGCAAGUGAGUUGACUGUAUCUCUGCUUACUCCCAUACUUGAAAUCAUUAUUCCUGAGCCUGCAGCAUCUUUGUUUAAAACCUACAUGAGGCAAACCACGCCAGUUGUUCACACACCCAUACAUUGCACUUCAGGCUGGUCAGUCACUGGUACCAUACCUCACCACCAGCACAGACAGCACGGGCUAUUCAUAGCACA